AAUAAAUACAAGAAUAACAAUUCUUGAAAGAUAAAGAAAGACCUCUCGACACCAAGAAUAUCACAUCGUAAAUGCCAAACAUCAUGACACCAAGUCAUCCCAAAAAUAUCAUCAUCGUAGGCGGUUCACUCGCCGGUCUCAUGACAGGCCUUGCCCUCAAACGUCUCGGUCACCACGUCCGCAUCUUCGAACGUUCACCUACUUCCCUCCUCCAAGACCAAGGAGCAGGAAUCGUCUUCGGUUCCGAAGCCCAAGAAUUCUUCUCCCGACAUGUAAACGUCAAUCGAAAGUUCCAUGUUGAUUCUUUGCUGCGACAGACAUUGAGGAGAGAUGGAGGGGUCUUGAAUCAGGAUCACAGAGGCCAGAGGAUGGUCAGUUGGGAUCUGUUGUAUUUCUGUCUGAGAGCUUGCUUUGAUGGUGUGAAGAGUGGGUAUUGUGAGGUUCCCGAGAGACAAGACGGCGAAGGAAAAGCGGAGUAUGUUUAUGGGAGGAAAGUGAUAAAUGUGAAAGAUUUGGGGCAACAAGUCGAGGUUGAGUAUGAGGAGAAAGAUGGUGGAAGUGGGAAAGAAAGUUCCGAGAUGGUGAUCGCUGCAGAUGGGCCAAGUUCGGCUGUGAGACGACUUCUAUUACCGGAGGUUGAGAGACAGUAUGUCGGAUACGUGGCGUGGAGAGGUACGGUAGUAGAGAGCGAGGCCAGUGAAUUGCUGAAGGAGACCUUCGUGGACAAAUUCACAUUCUUCCACGGAAGCGGCAUUCAGAUCCUUUCAUAUCUCAUCCCUGGCGAGAACGGUUCUCUAGAGCCAGGAAAACGUCUCAUAAACUGGGUUUGGUACUGCAACUAUCCCUCCGACUCACCAGAAUACAAAGAUCUGAUGACCGAUUCCGACGGCCACUUUCAUCACACCACGAUGCCAGCAGGCAAGAUCCAAGACAGACUAUGGACUCAACAAAAGCAACAUGCUCAGGACGUACUACCAGAAGCCUUUUCGGACUUAGUAUGCGCAACACAACUACCUUUCGUGCAAGCUAUCACAGAUGUGCUGUCACCCCAAGCAUCCUUCUUCGAUGGGAAAUUAUUACUGGUUGGCGACGCGGUUGCUGGGUUCAGGCCACAUACUGCAGCGAGUACUAGUCAAGCUGCGUAUCAUGCGCUGUUGCUAGAGGGAAAGAUGAAGGGAGAAAUGACUUCUGAGAAUAUGCUGGACGAGAUGAUGGAUUAUGCGCGGCAUAUGGUUGCUGCCGGGCAACAGAUGGGCAACAGAAGUCAAUUUGGGGACGCUGGGAUCAAUCUGAAGGAGAUCGCCACAUCGGGAAGAAUACAAAUAGACAAGUAGUAAAUCCACCCCAGGUUUUACCUUGCUCCAGAGUGCCACC